AUGGCCCGCAAACCAGUACUUGAGGUCCUUUGGCAAUCAACGACAACUUCAAAUGUAUGGCUUGUUUUUGCGAUGACGGUGGGCGCCGUUUCGCUUUACGUUUUUUUGAUGAAAAAGCCGCCUGGGGGCGGUAGAUGCGGGUCACCAGCCGUUCCCAGUGUGAAGGAUGACAAGUCGUCGCUUCUGAAACGAAUGCAGCAGCGGCAGUUUAAAGGGCAUCGCCUGUGCGUGGCUUGGGAGGUGCUCACGGACCACGGGCAGUGGCGCGAACACGCCAGGGAGACCCUCAUGGCACUUGCACUUGACAUGGAAGUCUACGUGAUGUGCCGCAUCAAAUGCAAAGAGGAUAAAAAAGCAAUCCUCGCCAUGUUGUGGGAGAUGCCAGGUCUCAUGCGACACCGAAUCCUCUUCUGUGAGACAGCAAAGGGCUAUGAGUCGUUUUGCCGACAGAUCAAACCUGCCGUAGUCGUGACGCACAAUGAGGAGCAGGCGUCAUUCCUGAGCGCGGUGCUUCCAAACGUUGUACUUGUGGGUGCGAAAGUGCCGGAGACGGCCGUCACGUGCAUUUCAUCGAUUCACGAGCUCUUGCAGGAGUGCGCCGCAUGA